AUGCGAGGUUGCGUUUUUGAUACGCCCCACUCCCAAGUUCCUAGAUCUCCCGGCCUGCCGCAGUACUCCACUGGCCCUCAGCGAAGUAGCUCCACAUCUUCCAGACCCCUUGCAGCGGAGCUUCCCAAACCGCCGCCUUGGAAGUUACGUGGCACGGACCCUUGCGUGCCCGUGCUCGGACAAGAGGUAGUUGUGGGCUCGCGGGAAGCCUUUCAUUACGUGCCCAGUGCUUUGGAGACAGCAUGGACCGAGCAAUCGCGUGUCGGACAGAUCUGCGAGUUGGCCAAGAAGCAGACGACAGACGCAGGUCUCUGGCUGAACUACUCCCAGGCUGUUUUUCAGCCAACGCCUGGCGUACCCUCCCGCGAUCCAGGCCCUGAGGAAGCCAAGGUGCUCUCCUACUUCCUGAUGGGUGAAGACAAGAAGCCUCAUUGGAUAGAGCCACUGUCUGGCAUUGCACGCAAUCCACACUCUAUUUGUAUGAAGUCUGCUGACCUUUUCGACAUCCGGUACUUGAUACUGGAGAGCUUCUGUGGGAGGCCGGGGCCAAAGCCCAUCGUCAGGUUUUUCGACUUGGGCUGCACAAGCAAUGCCGGCACGCGUGACUUUCUGAACGUCAACUACCAGCAGGGGUCCGGGGCUGGGCCUUCCAUCCCCUUGUUCUUCAACAUGUACAAAGACCGCUGCCUUGAAUUCGAUCAUAUCUAUGGCUGGGAGGCAAAAUCUCAGAGCGUUUCCGCAUGGUGGGAACCCCUACCUGAUCAUAUACGCGAGCGGGUCCGGUACUACAAUGUCCCCGUGAAUGAGAACUCCUGUGAAGAGACUCUGGGCAAAGACAAGUAUGCCAGCAAGGGGAGCUUCCUCCGCAUGCUUCCGCAUGCUGCGAAAGUUGAGGAUUUCGUGGUGCUGAAGGUUGACAUUGAUGGUGGUCCAGAGCUGCAGAUAGUGGAAUCCAUCGCACGGCACCCCGAGCUUAGCGCACUCGUGGACGAAAUCUUCUUCGAGUACCAUUUUUACUUUGAUGGCAUCGGAUUUGGGUGGCCUCCUGUCACAAAGGAGCGAAAUGUGGACACGGCACUGGAUUUGAUGAAGAGGCUCCGGUUGGCAGGAAUCAGGUCACACUUCUGGAUUUGA